CGUGCGGAUAUCUCCUACUGUCACGCGGCACGGUUACGAUUAAAUUUUUGUGACUUUUUUUUUUCCUCCCAAGUUAUCGUCUGCUUUUUGAUAACCAAAGAAUGGAUUGUUUUGAUAUAAGAAUUCCAUAUCGUGUCAUUUUUAUUGAUUGAUUUGAUUUUGUUGUUUGAAAAUGCCGACAAAAAGAUCUCAGGAAUUCAUGGAUUUAAAGAAUGGAAACGAUAAAAAAGCAUCGAAACCCCUCAUCGAAAAACGUCGCCGAGCCAGAAUCAACCAUUCCUUAGCUCAAUUGAAAACCCUGGUUAUCGAUUCAAAGACAGAGAACACAAGACAAACGAAAUUAGAAAAAGCAGACAUCUUAGAAAUGACUGUGCAGCAUUUGAAAGAUACCAAGAAGCAACAAAAUGCAGUGACAGCACUGGAUAUAAGGCAAGGCAAGAAGAAAUUUGAAAUCGGAUAUAUGGAAUGUGCUAGACAAGUUGAACUUUUUCUUGCCAAUUUAAUGGACCCAAAUUUAAUAGAAGUGGAAGAGAACUUGAAAAGGAGACUUAAGGAUCACCUCUGUAGAAGUCUUCAGGAUUUCCCAUGCACAGAUGAAAAUAUACAUGUUGAUAAAUACAAAGGUACUUUAUCUCCUAAUUUGACGAAUUCAGUUUCGCCUCUUGUGCCAACAGUUAUAAAAGACAAUCAUAGUAAUAUUCUUCAGAAAAGAUGUGAAGAUGUUGUAUUUUCUGAAGAUAUUGCUCAAAGCAACGUAGUUGUUGAAAAUCCUUAUUCAAUCAAUACCAAUUAUGAUCAAUACGAAACAGAUCAAAUGAACAUUAACGAAGUUCGUAAUUCUCACUUUGAAAAUUCUCACUUUUCUGGAGGUUCCAAGACAAUGUGUCAUCAAAACACUUUGCAGCCAGAAAUUUUGAAACCACAUCAGUCGCCUUUUCCAGAACAAGAAACAUUUUCAAAAGCAAGAUUUAAUCCAUCGCCAAAUGGUCUGGACAGAUAUCAACCAUCACCUUCUUCUUCAGAUUCAAAUUCAACUUCAUACGCACAAGAAUGGUUGAAUUUAAAAGUGAAAUGCCCAAAUGACAUAAACAGUCCCAAAACAUCCCAAUUUUGUUCUACAAGUUUUCAGCAAAACACAAACGUGCAAAGAGAACUUCAUCAAAGUACUUCAACAGUGAAAACUGAAGACAAUUAUCAUCAAAUAUCUCUUGUGCCUCGUCGAUUAUCUAACGGCGAGUGGGCACUGGUGUUACCUGGGAAUUUCACUUUGACUGAAAAAGAGCAUAGUCCUCUAAGUGCCUUUAAACUUGUAUGGCCAACCAACUCUACAGAAGUUGAUAACGAACAGCAAGGAAUGGGACAGCGAGGUGGUUCUGGUUCGCCUCUAUCCAGCUCAGUUUCUGACUUAAGUUCGGAAGAUUAUGGUUACAGAAUGGAUGUUGAACCACCAGUGAAAAUUGACCACGAUGGACAGACUGAUUUUGGUUAUGUAUGGAGACCAUGGUAAAAAUUUGGAUUAAACAACUGGAAUAAUUUUCUGGGGAGAAAAAAUAUAGAAUAUUUUUUGUUUCCAUUGAUAUGAUUAUUUCAGGAAUUAUAAAAUGGUAUUUAUCAGGUUUCCAAGGAAACGGAUCAGUGAAAUUAAUUAGUGUCCAAAUAAAUGAGAGCUCAAUGACAGAUUUUUGACUAGGUAGAAUAGGCAGUUGCCUAGGGGUACUGAACUGAAGAGGGGAGUCAAGAAGUUGAUUCUAUAACAUUAUUAAACAUAAAUUUACAAAAAAUAAAAAGUCUAUGACUUAUAUAAUAUUCAUAUAUUAUUAAUUCUUCAAAUAUAUGUUUCCAGAUUCCUAUCUAUAUUGUUAUAUUCACUUGUAUCAUUAUAUAUACACAAAGGGCCUUUACUUACGUAAU